AUGCGGAGCGUUGAUGUCGACGAGGAUGACGAGUUGGGUGCGUUGGAGGACAAGACCGAGCCCCUAACUCUCCGCUCCAGGCGCACCGAGAGGGCCCGAAAGAGACAAGCUAGAAAGGCCGGUAAGACCGGUCAUCAGCCGUACCACUACUUGAUGAGCCUGCCGUACGAGCUUGUCAUAGAGAUCUUGUCCUUCCUCCGUCCGAGUGACAUAUUCAAUCUCCAACGCGUCAACAGAUCAUUCCACCUAUUCAUCACCGAUAGCGAGGGUAGCAUCGCCAGGGCCAUCUCCAGCUGGCGCUAUGUCUGCCUAGGGAGGUGUUUUCGGUCACCUGUUCUCAUAGAGCAGAUGGACCCGGCUAUUCGUGUCUUCGUUCAGAGCCCACAUCGACAGGACCAGCUAAACAUAUACCGGAGGUUCCCUCUGCAUGUUCAACCCCCGGACCCCGGAGAAUUAUGCACCUGCCUGACUUGCUUGCAGCGGUGGCUGUCUCUCUGUUUGGUCGUCGACUUCGCCCACUGGCAACGCAAUCUGGAUAUAGGUGAACCCAUCCCCAUGAUCCCCCCCGGGCGGCUCCCCGAAUGGAACCGAGCUCUCGUUACCUCGAACGCGGCUAUCGUACGCAAGGCUUUGCGUAGCCCGCUCUGGCACGCUCGGCUGCUCGAGACUCACUUGGACUCGACGACGAGGUCGAUACGCCGCCAUACAGAGAAUAAAGGAAACAAGAGGCAGCGUUUCUUCAUGUCGAAAGAAGAUCUAGAGUCUGGCUCGGAUCGGUUCCUGGCCGGGCCUGGCCCCCCAAGCCUCGAUAUUCCCUACCACAGGGACAACUACUACAUGCUGGAGGCUUACCUCCCAGAGAGAGCUUGGAAUGCAACGUCGAAGAGUUGGACGUACGUACCCGCCGAGCAGCACGACAAGGACGUCGAAUACAUCAAGUCGACGAAAACCCGCACGUAUUCCCGUCACGAUGGCUCGUUAACCCGCUAA